AUGGAACUUGCACCAGAGUUGACUAGAACUGGCAAGGCAACUACAAGUACAGACGUCUUCGCUUUUGGGGCGUUUAUGCUCGAAGUGGCUUGUGGAAGAAAACCUGUAGAGCCACAGCCUAACAACAUGAUUUUGGCAGAGUGGGUUGUGGAGAGAUGGGUAGAAAGAGCUAUUCUUGAGGCAAUUGAUCCGAUAUUGGGAGGUGAUUUUGAGGUUGAAGAAAUGGAGUUAGUUUUGACGUUGGGUCUACUUUGCUCGCAUUCUAAUCCAGCGGCUAGGCCUAGCAUGAGGCAAGUGAUGCAGUAUUUGAAUGGCGAUGCGACCUUGCCGAAAAUAAUGGCGGAUGCUAUAGGACCUGACAUGUUUUCAAUUGGUAUGUUUUCAGUCGGGAGUAGACAGUAUAAUGAAUAUUUAUCAUCAUUUGCUUCUUCAACUGGGAAGGCUUCUGGUUAUUCCAUGUCUACUACAGACUUUAUCCUCCGCUCAGGCCGUUGA